AUGUCUUUCUUUUCUCUCCGAAGGCGGACGAUCUAUGCCUUACUAUUCGUUCUCGGCCUCUUCCUUGUCGGGACGGUCGUCGUGCUGUCCUCAAUAUCCUACUAUCUCGCCAUCCCCGACGUGUCCUAUGUCCGGGAAGCCGAGGUUGACAGACACUACGAUUUGUCGUGGAACGAGACCGUGAACGACACCAGCCGCCACAAACCAGAGCGCAUCCCGCGCAUCAUCCAUCAAACAUGGAAGUCGGAGACGCUGCCCGAACGCUGGCAGAACGUCUCUGAUGGCUGCAGGCAGCUCAUGCCCGAUUACGAGUACAUGCUAUGGACGGACGCCAGUUCCCGUGACUUCAUCGCCCAAGAAUAUCCCUGGUUCCUCGAGACAUUCGAUGCCUACCCGUACCCGAUCCAGCGAGCAGAUGCCAUCCGCUACUUUGUCCUGCACCAUUACGGCGGCGUCUACAUCGACCUCGACAUCGGCUGUCUUCGCCGCGUCGAUCCGCUGCUCGCCUAUCCCGUCGUUCUCCCACGCACCAUCCCCGUCGGUGUCUCCAACGACCUUAUGUUCGCCGAGAAGGCACAUCCGUUCAUGACGCAGACCAUCCACAACCUCGUCGCAUUCGAUCACAACUGGGUUCUCAACUACCCUACCGUCAUGUUCUCGACCGGCCCCAUGUUCCUCUCGGCCCAAUUCGGCCUCUACACCGCCAAUCAUCCUGGUACACCGCAGGAGCCCGCAGGAGAAGUCCGCAUCUUGCCCAAGUCACUUUACGGCAAGAACGCGAAGCCCGGCGAGGCACCCCAUUCGUUUUUCGAACACUUCUACGGCUCGAGUUGGCACGCAGACGAUGCCGCGUUCAUCGGCUUCCUCGGUCAUUGGGGCAAGGUCCUCAUGUGGAUUGGCCUGGUCGUACUCGUCAUUGGUGUCGCUUUCAUUGCAUUCAAGCCCAGCAAAUACGUCGGCUACGACUUGUUACCACGCUGGAUGGACCGGGUAAACUCGCCUGGCGGUAGAUGGCAAGUCUACCGCUGGAAAGCCGUGCCCAUGACGCCGCUCGGCAGCCCGACGCGCUCGUCCCACAGCAGCGACUUAUGA